GUAGAGAGCUGUCAGGCUGCGAGGAGGCAGCAGAGAGACGACUCACUCAUUUUCUUGGAGUACGUUUUGCCUCCAUCUCUGACGCGUGCGUGCACAGAUAGCAUCGCGGACACAAAGAUGGUAAAGUUUGAGUGUGCGUGCUACUUCUUACCUUCCUGUGAAAAACUGUGAAUCAUUUUAAGGAUCUGGACUUAAGCCUGACACACUUGGACAUCACUGGGACUUCACAGUUUACUUUGGCAGGCAGUUUAGCCCUUUCUCUGAGUUCUACACUGAGUUAGUGUGUCAGUUGCCAGAAUUCAGUACAUUUGAAGCUGGACUUGGACUCCCCGUGUGCGAUGAGGAGAAGGAUGCAAUUGCUGGUGGUGGUCCUGCUAGCCCACCUCGGUGCCACCUUGACAGGAGCGUGGAGAGCAUCUCAACCCAGACUGCAGUUCACACACCCUGAGCUGAUCCAGAAUGGCCGGCUGCUCACGCUACCCCUGAUGGCGGGAGACCUGCACUCCCUGCUGCCCGAUGAAGACAGGAGACGCCUUUAUGUGGCCAUGAAAGAUGGCCUUCUGUCUACCAGUAUGGAUGACAUAACGCAAAACCCACGCAAGCUGUAUUGGCCAGCCAGUCCGGACCGCGUCCAAGAAUGUCUCAUGGCUGGGAAGGAUCCAGAGCUGGAGUGUGCGAACUUCCUGCGUGUUCUGCAGCCUUUUAACCAGACUCACCUGUAUGUGUGCGGCACCGGGGCCUUCAACCCCCGCUGUGCUUUCAUAGCCACCAGCGUCUUCCAUCAGUCAGAGCAUCAGACUCUCUCCUACGGCCAGACAGAGUGCGGGAAAGGCAAAUGUCCCUACGAUCCAUUCCAGAAAACGGCCUCUGCAGUCGUUGAUGGAGAGCUGUAUGCCGGCAUCACCUCAGACUUCAUGAGCCGGGACUCUGCCUUUUUCCGUAGUCUUGGCAACCGUCGUGUCAUCCGCACUGAGCAGUACGAUUCCACCUGGCUGCAGGAUGCCCAGUUCGUGCGGGUAGCGCCGUUGUCUGAAACUGAUAAUCCAGAAGAUGAUAAGGUUUAUGUUUUCUUCACCGAGCGCGCUCAGGAGGCGGAAGGUGCUGCUGGGAAGGUGCUCUACUCCAGAGUGGCACGUGUGUGCAAGAACGACAUCGGAGGCCAGAGGAGUUUAGUUAAUAAGUGGAGCACUUUCCAGAAGGCUCGAAUGGUCUGUUCAGUCCCAGGACCAGAUGGCUUACAGACACAUUUCGACCAGCUCCAGGACAUCUUCAUCCUCCAGGGGAAAGACAAGAAGAAUCCUCUCAUCUACGGCCUGUUUACCACUUCAAGUGAUAUCCUGAACGGUUCAGCGGUGUGUGUUUACCGAAUGGAGGAUGUGGUUCGAGCCUUUAAAGGGAACUUCCUGCAUAAGGAAGGGCCUCAGUAUAAAUGGGCAGAAUUUACAGGCAAGGUGCCCUAUCCACGGCCAGGAACAUGUCCGAGCAGUACAUAUGGAAGCUAUAGCUCGACCAGAGAGUAUCCCGACGACGUCAUUUUCUUCAGCAGAACUCAUCCGCUGCUGCAGGAAAAUGUCCUGCCGCUUGGAGAGCGACCCCUCCUGGUCAGGGUGGGUGUUCAUUACAAGUUCACCAAACUGCUGGUGGACAGAGUGGAGGCUGUCGAUGGCACCUACGACGUGCUGUUCAUCGGUACAGACUCAGGACUCGUUAUGAAAGCAAUCCAUCUGCACAGGGAGCACGGCCAGAGUCAGGAGAUCACUCUGGAGCAGAUGCAGGUGUUUCAGCACAAAUCACCGGUGACAGCCAUGGCACUCUCAAAGAAAAAGCAGUGGUUGUUUGUGGGCUCCAAGGAGGGUGUGUCUCAGCUGGCCCUUUACCAGUGUGAGCUGUACGGUCAGGCCUGCGCUGAGUGCUGCCUGGCCAGGGACCCCUACUGCACCUGGGACGGACAUGCUUGCAGCCCCUAUAUGCCGACCGUGCGCAGGAGGAAUGCUCGUCAUUUAGGAGAGGAUGAGGAUCCACUGACUCAGUGUGUCAGACAGGGAGCCGGACUGCAGGUGGAGGCAGAACAAAGGGUGAUGAUGGUGGCAGAGGGUAACAGCACCUACCUGGAGUGUUUGCCCAGAUCCAGACAUGCUGCAGUGACCUGGUACAAACAGGCUGGAGAGAACAGCGCUGAACUAAACCAGGUGAUAACUGGUGACCAGCUGGUGGUGAUCGAGCGGGGCGUCCUGAUUCGUCGAGCCGAGCUGUCUCACGGCGGGGUCUACCACUGCCAGGUGGAGGAGCACGGCUACCACUGGACUGCGGUCACCGUGCGCCUCGCUGUUUGGAGCCCCUCUGCCAAUCGCCUCCUGGCUUCCUGGUCGGCCUCGUCCUAUCAGAGCGCCGGAACCCAGCCGUGGUACGAGAACGUGAUGGCACUGAUUCACCCCGGAAAGCUUGGCCAGCACUGCAAGGCUCUGGGAUACCGCCCUCCACGCAACCACCAUCGCCAUGGUGACACAAAGGCGGAGCUACACAAGGAGAAAGAGAGGCACAAGCAUGGCGGGGGAAGAGGAGGAGGAGGAGGCGGCGGAGGAAGAGCAGCGGGGAGGAAGAGCAGGAGCAAGCCGCAGCAGAGGGCGCCGAGGAGUGCUUGAACGCGUCCACGAGCGGGGGGGCAGAUUUUCAGUGACUUCAACAACUACACAAACACGCAAACACACACACACACAAAUGCACACAUGUACAC